UUCACAAAAUUCAACAAAAGUUUACCUAAAUUCACAAUAAAUGUCAAAUUUACUAACACAAUUUUAAUUAAAAUUUUAACCAAAAAUUAAUGCAAUUUUUACCCAAUUUCAUGUCAAUUUCAUCUCAUAUACACACAAUUUAAGUAAAUUUCACCAAAAUGCACUCAAUUUCACACAAAGAAAUUCAAUUUCACCAAAAAUUAAAUUAAACACAAAUACCUACGGCAAAGAUGCAGAGGAUGUCCGGCGGGGAAGAGAAACGGCUGGCCGGCGUGGACGACGGGUGGCGACGGCUGGUGGGCGGCGCAGGUGGAGCGGCUGGAGAUGACGGCGCGGCUGGGGAAGACGGCUGGGCGCGACGGCGUGGCAGGAGGGCUGGCGUGGGUGGAUCAAUUGGCAUGAUCCCAAUCAUGUCAACCCCAACUCCUACGCCGACGACAACAAUGUUUCCAGGCUCGAUAACAACGCCUGGUGGAGCAUUCACACCAUACCCGUCAGCUUGGGCUCAGUUUGCUGCUGACCCGGCAAAUGCUCAGGCUCUACAGGGCUAUCAACAGGUGAUGGCCAUGAUGCAACAGGCAGGUGGUUUCAUGCCAUUUGCCUAUCCUGGUAUGACGCCGCCAAUUAUGCCACCUCCGGUGUCGACCCCGUCGACAUUUGUCCCUAGGAUGGUCCCUAUACAUCCGGUGAAUUUGACGGGGACUUUGAAUGAAGCAGCGCCCUCAAAUGUCCAUGAAAUCAAUGAGGCGGAGCAGGAGGCGGCCCGCAGGAAGAAGGGUAAGGCUAUAGCCGAACCCAGCAAGACUCGAGAUUCGGCAUUCAAACGCCUAGGGGGCAAAGAGGAUGGACCCCGCAAGUCUGCCAAGCUACGUCUUGGCGAGGGGACCAUGCCCCUACAAGCUCUGAUGGCGGUGACGUCGUUCCAGACGCCGAUGCCGCAACCAUCACCUUUCCAGCCCCAGCUGGUCAGCACCAUGGCCCCUGUCAACUUGACCGGCGCACUUAACGCCGCAGGGCCGUCGCGUCCCCCGCAAACUACGAAUCCGCAAAUCACUCCUGAUGGUCAUUGCGUCACGAUUGAGAGUGAUGACGGCGAGUGGGACAUCCCGAGGUCCCACAAGAAGAAGAAAGGUAAAAACAUCCGGCCAGCGACCUCCCGAAACUCCGCCUUCGAAAGGCUGGGGGAUAGGGAGGAAGGCCAGAGGAAGUCAGCCAAGCAAAGGCUGGGGCAGAGCGUUGCCCAUGUCAGCGCGUUCGCCCGGCUAGGCGAGGUGCGGGAGCCAGCGAGGACGAGGGCCUCCCACCAGGAAGGGGAGGCAGAAAGCCAGCCCAGGUUACCGGUGGCGAACCGGUUAACCAUCCCAAACGACCGCGUCCAGCAGAUGGAGGCAAAGCUGGAAAGGCUGAAAAAGAAGGUCGGAGAGAAGAAUGACCGGGACAAACCCCUGGCAGGGUCCCCGUUCACCACAAGGGUCCAUCUAACACCUUUCCCUCGAAAGGUCAAGAUCAACGCCCCUAGAUUCACCGGGAAGGAAGAUCCGGAAAUCCACCUGGACUCCUUCAACCAGAGUGCGACCAUGAACUGUUGCACCAAUGAAGAAAAUGAUUUGACCUCAAAGUUCAAGGCCAAGUUCCAGGAGAAUUGUACUAAGAGGAAGAAGUUCACUUAUCUUAGUACAGCCGGGCAGAGGGAGUCUGAGAACCUCAAUCAGUUCCUUACCCAGUGGAAGGAAGAGGUAGACAAGGUGGAAGAGAUGGAUGAUAAGACCGUCAUAUCCCUCCUCUUGAAUGGCUUGCGUGCUGGGGAACUAUACAAGGAGUUCUGCCGGAAACCCCCAGCCACGUACCAAGAAUCCUACCAUACUGCGUGGGAGUUUGCUGAGGCUGAAACCCAACUCCGGGCAAAGAGGGAAGCUGAGCAUGGUCACAAGUCCAAGCCGGUGCAAGUCAAGAAGGAAGAAGCACCGGGACCUAGCCGGCCGAGGCACCACUAUGGCCCGGUCAUCCGAGUGGUCAAUACGGAGGAAUGCCAAGAAGUCCGGAAAGCACCGGUCAUUCCUCUAGAAAACCCUACCGGUCAAGUAGGGCGGCGGUGGUCAGGCACCUAUUGUUCGUACCAUAGGUCAGAUUCCCAUAACACCUCCGAAUGCAAAAGUGUUAAGGGAGUAACCCGGCAGAUGAUCGACAGUGGAGAGCUGGGCAAAGAUUACUUGCAGAAAGCCCAGGAGAAGAGUCAUCAAUGGGUUAGGCCAACUGCCCCAGGGAAUGACCGGGACAACGACCGACGGAGGAAUAACCGGCCAAGAGAGCGGCAACCUGUCCCCGAAAAGGAACACAUCGGCAUGAUCUUCGGCGGACUCGAGGGUGGAGAUUCAGCCGCGCAGCGGAAGAACCGGGUCCGGAGCAUUUACGUUGGAGAGGUAAGUGUUGAACCGCCCAGGCGUAAGCAUACUAGGAGGGAGCCUAUCGUCUUUACUGACCGGGAUCUCCCUCCUACCGGUGAAGAUCACAAUGAUCCAUUGGUCAUCACCAUGGACAUUAAUGGGGUGGAUGUUGCCCGGGUACUUGUUGACACCUGCUUCACGGGGGACACCAUUGAAGCUGAAGGAUCCAUAGUUCUACCGGUCGAACUAGGAUCAGGUGAAAAGACCGUGUGGAAGAAGAUGCGGUUCAUAGUUGUGGACAUCAAAUGCGUCCACAACGCAAUUCUUGGAAGGCCAGGCAUCAAUAGAGUUGGGGCGGUGAUUUCCAUGCCUCAUCUAUGCAUGAAGUUCCACACUCCAGGUGGUGUGGGUGAGGUGAAGGGCGACCAGAGGAACGCCCGGGAGUGCUAUGCCCAGGCAGUCAAGAAGAUGACCAAGGGGGUCAAUGUCAUCUCCCAAGAGAUCACAAAGGGAGAGACCCGGGAGAAAUUGGAGCCCGAGGCCGAGACGGUGGAAAUCGAACUUCACCCGGGUGAUUCUUCGAGGAUGGUCAGAAUUGGAGCAAAUCUCCCCGAAGAUCUCAAGGAACAGAUUACACGGGUCCUCCAAGAAUACGCGGGCAUAUUCGCAUGGAGCGUGGCGGAUAUGCCCGGGAUAAAUCGCUCUGUUAUCUGCCACCGGUUGGCCGUGAGAGAGGGAAGUCGACCGGCCCUUGCUGACUUCCUAGUAGAAAUGACCGGUCUAACUCCAGACUUACCGGUCAACAAGCCCACUGAGCAAUGGUGGGAGAUGGCAGUUGAUGGGGCAUCCGGUCCUAGAGGAUAUGGGGGUGGUAUCGUGUUCACCACCCCAGAAGGGUUCAAGAUCUACCAUGCAAUCGUCUUCAACUUCAAGCUGACGAACAAUGAGGCAGAAUAUGAAGCUCUGGCUGGAGGGCUCAGACUUGCCCAAGCCCUGAAAAUCAGCCGGGUCAAUAUCAAAUCUGACUCUAGCCUAAUAGUAGGGCAGGUGACCGGUAACAUGGAAGCAAGGGAAGGGCGCAUGGCACAAUACAAGGACCUUGUACUUGCCCUGUUGAAAGGCUUCGAAGAAUUCAAGAUCGCCCAAAUUCCCCGGGCAGAGAACGCGGAUGCAGACCUUCUCUCCAAAUUGACGCAGUAUGCUCCCGAGCAUGUGUCGAAACUUGCCCGGGUAGAGAUCCUUGACCGUGCAAGCAUCGAGAAAUUGGAAGUCGCCGCUAUAACGGCCGGAAGCCAAUUUGACCGGUCAAACUAGGUCGGGGCAGACGACCAUUGGAUGUAUGAUCUGAUGGAAUAUUUGAUGGAUGGGAGCUUGCCAGAACAAGAUGACCGGGCAAGAAAAGUAAAGCUCAGGG